AACGUCCCUGCGAUCUAUUUAUCCGUUUAAGAUCGGUAUGCACUGUUUCGAAUCGCUCGUAAGAAAAGUUGAACCGUGACCGCGACUAACGAAUAGAAAUCGACGAAAUCAACGGGUACAGAAUAAAUAGGCGAAUAAAAAAAAAGAAAAGAAUCACGGGCGAAAGUUGGUGAUCGAAAAUGCGUGUUACCGCGACGUUAAUUGUCGCUUCGAUCCUCGUUAUUUAUUUCGUCGAUUCCAGUGUCACGCCUGACAAAGACCUGACAACGAGUCUUCGCGAAGCAUGGGUCGACGACGAUUUUUCGAUUACAUUUUCGAACAUAAAAGCGAAGAAAAAAUCAUCGGAGGGGACGGUCGAAACACUUUUGGCUGUGAGAUUCGGGAAAUUCAGGACGAAAAUAAUGCUGAUGCUCGACAGACGAACGAAACGAGUGAUCCUCGAGGGCGUGAACGACGAUAGACGUCGAAUUACCGAGCAGAUUACCGUGGCCACUCUGGGCACCGAUGCACCGUUGAAGAAUAUAGUAAUCCUGGUGCAUCAGAGUCAACCAGAUGCAAGGAUCGAUGUUUACAUCGAUUGCGUCUACCAGGGCGUGUUACCGCUGAGGAAAAGUUUCAGGGAGCUAGAGAACGACGAGGACUGCUCCCUCGUAGAAGCAUUUAGGGAAAGAAGAAGCGAAGUGAAGGUGCAUCGAUCGUCGUCCGUAAUCGACGUGCUGAAGCUAGAGGGCUGUCCCAAUAAUGUUGAUCUAGACGCGUUACCGGAUCACUCGAAGGGCAGAAUAGAAGAAUCGUCGGAAUCGAUGAAGUCGAACGAAAGACAACGUAAUCGUUUUCGAUUAAAAGAUCGUGGCCACGAUUUGACCGUGCGGUCAAGUAAGUUCGAGGAUGAUUACGAGUUGGACGAUUUCGACGAUUCGGAUCGAUACGAGCACUUGGAUCAACGGGACGGCCUCCAACGAUCUCGUCGUUUCAACCAUGACCGUCGUUCGACUCGAUUGGAUCAAUCGAAUCGGUACGAUAAACGUUUUAUCGAAGGCUAUCGUAGCAAACAUUAUUCCACGGGUGACUCUGAGGUCGAUCAGUCGGAUCUGUUGAGCCAAUUGGAUCAUAUGUAUCAACGGACGCGAUCUGAGGAUUUCCAAAGACCGCAGCGUAUGAAAUCGGGAGAAACCAAUGAAACGGACGAAAUGAAUUUGUUGAAUCAAUCGACGGCGUAUUACAAAAGGGUACCGAGGAGGGGGGACAUAGGGAUCCAGAGUUUGGACGAAAAAAUUUGCAUCACCGAUAGUCAGCUGGGCAAAACUCUGAACGAACUGAUCGCUGCUACCAAAAAGAUCUGGAGAGAAAUAGAGUUGAAUAGAAUGGAAACGCAACAUCUACGACAACUAAUCGAAAAUUGCACAGCUUGUCGCGCACCACUCGUUCCACCGCCGACUACGACGCCCGCCCCGCCUUCCACGUGCGAUUAUAAGUCGCCUUGCUACCCAGGGGCUGACUGUCGCAACACACCGCGUGGCCCACUGUGUGGUGCCUGCCCACCAGGUUACACAGGUGACGGAUACCGGUGUACCAUAGUGAUCGUUACUUGCGCGAGCAGUCCGUGUUAUCCCGGUGUCCGUUGUUACGACCAUCCGGACGGUUACAGGUGUGGAAAGUGCCCUCUCGGUUACAUUGGCGAUGGGAAACGUUGCGAGAGACUGAGGAACAGUUGCGAGACCAACCCUUGUUACCAAGAAGUACAGUGCGAAUCGGUCCUUUAUCCACCGUAUUACAGAUGUGGUCCUUGCCCAGACGGUUACGUGGGCAACGGUUCGACGUGCGUACACGUGAACGAAUGCGAAUUGGCACAACCAUGCUAUCCCGGAGUACGCUGCAUUAAUCUACGUCCAGGUUACAGAUGCGAUCCUUGCCCGUCAGGAUACAAUGGGACCAUGAUCGAGGGAGUUGGGCUGGAGGUCGCUCGAGUUCACAAACAGAUCUGUCAGGAUAUAAACGAGUGUAAAAAUAACAAUGGAGGCUGCGGUCCGUACACGGAGUGCAUCAAUACGGAGGGUUCGUACAGAUGCGGACCGUGCAAAGCGGGCUUCCUGGGGAACCAAACGGUCGGCUGUCAUCCCCCGCACAAUGUCUGUCCAGAUUUGACGACGGUCUGCGACGCGAACGCUGACUGCGUCUGCAUCGAUGUCAAUCAAUACGCGUGCAGAUGUCGCGUCGGUUGGGCUGGAAACGGACUGCUGUGCGGCUUGGACAAGGACAGCGACGGUAUCCCCGAUAGAAAUCUCCGCUGUCACGAUCGGCAUUGUCGCGUGGACAACUGUCCGUUGACGCCGAACAGUGGCCAGGAGGACGCGGACCAGGAUGGCCAGGGUGACGCGUGCGAUCCGGACGCCGAUAACGACGGCGUGUUAAAUUCGUCGGACAAUUGUCCCUUGGUCUCGAAUCCGAAUCAAGAAGAUAGAGACCGCGACGGGCCGGAUUCCGUUGGCGAUGUCUGCGAUAACUGCCCCUUGGUCAGAAAUCCAACGCAAGAGGACACGGACGGGGAUGGCCUUGGCGACGCUUGCGACGACGAUAUCGAUAAUGACGGUGUCGGGAAUCAUUGGGACAACUGUCCGAGAACGGUGAAUCACGAUCAAGCGGACUCGGAUUUCGACAGGAUCGGCGACGCCUGUGACAACUGUCCUUCCGAUCCGAACACGGAUCAAUUAGAUCGAGACGGCGACGGCGUGGGCGACGUAUGCGACAACGACAAUGACAGGGACAGAGACGGCGUUCAGGACGACAGAGACAAUUGUCCCGAUGUGGCGAAUCCGGGACAGAACGACGACGAUCGCGACGGUAUUGGGAACGAGUGCGAUACGGACAUGGACAACGACGGCAUACCCAACUAUCAGGACAACUGUCCGUACGUGUACAAUCCGGAUCAACGGCACAGUCAUCACGAGAAUAUUGGCGACGCUUGUUACAACGACAACGACAACGACACCGUGAUAAACAUACACGACAACUGCCCUAAUAACAGCUUGAUCUGGUCGACGGACUUUAGAAAAUACGUCACGAUCGCUUUGGAUCCCGUUGGCACCGCUCAGGAGGAUCCAAUGUGGAGGAUACACAACGACGGCGCGGAGAUACAGCAGCUCGUAAACAGCGAUCCUGGAAUCGCUAUCGGCCCGGAUGUGUUCAGCGACGUGGACUUCGAGGGCACGUUUUUCAUCAACGACGACGGCGACGACGACUUCGUCGGUUUCGUGUUCUCCUAUCAAGACAAUCGUCGAUUCUAUAUCGUGACCUGGAAGAAGGGUCAGCAGCCAUACUGGAUGCCCACGCCGUUUAGAGCCGUCGGAGAUCCUGGGAUCUUUUUGAAGCUGGUCGACUCGAGCACCGGUCCCGGCGAACUUCUCAGAAACAGUCUUUGGCACAACCAGGACACACCUAAUCAGGUGAAGAUACUUUGGCGGGACCCGAAGAAAAUUGGCUGGAAGGAGAACACACCGUACAGAUGGCAACUGCUGCACAGGCCUAGGAUCGGCCUGAUCAGAUUCAGGCUUUACCAAGGCAAACAAUUGAUGGCUGAUUCCAGAAACGUUUACGACUCGACCCUGAAAGGCGGUCGACUGGGCGUGUACUGCUUCUCUCAGGAGAAAAUCACUUGGUCGAACCUGCUGUACAAGUGUAAAGAAACGGUACCCCAAUCAAUUUGGAACGAGUUGCCAGCGAACUUGAAGAAGGAAGUAGCUGUGGAUUAGGCCUCAUCCCCCUCACUACGACUUCUAAAUUUCCAUAUCGAUCGACGAAACUAGGAUCUUUAUUAAGUUGUAUAAAUUUACAAGUUAUUCGUUACUUAUGGAUUUCGAUAAUGAACGGUAUUCCGCGAGUGUUUCAGAUAAAUACAAUAUAAUUCAUUUACCGCUUUCAAGCAACAAAUCCAACGCGUUAAACUGUUUUAAGUGGAGAGUUUAAUAAAAAACAAACCCCCCAAAAAGGUCCAUUUUCCAAAGCAUUCCAAAAAAUUAACGUCUACGAAUGUUCUAAAAGAGAAAAGAAGGAAUCUGGAAUGGGGGAAGGCGAAGAGAGAAUAGUAGAGAACGAAAGAAAAAGAUAGUUUAUGCUUAUUAAUCGUUGACAGAGAAGUUUUUAUUCCAUGUGUCGAGAGAAGCGUUAUCACUUAUGAGAUGACCUAACGCUUUCAAAACUAUUGGACUCGCGUCUAGCGAUCGUGAUCGAGAACGAAACUUAUCAUCUACGUCGAUAUUUACACUAAGGAACAUGUGGAGCUUUUUCAAAGUUACAGCAAUUCCAAUCAAACGAGAAUUCGUUGGUUAAAGGACAUCGAAUUGUAUUUAUUUUUUUUUCGUUUUUUUUUUAUAAUGCAUUAACCAUCGAAAGAGGCCCAAUCAUGAUCGCGGGGAGCAUCUUAAGCCUUAGAAAUUUUACAUCGUAACAUUUACACGAUACUCGUAUUUACAAAUGAACGUUAAUUAUUGAAUUAUCAUAGCAAGAUCCGAAUGGAAAAUCAAAUAAUUGAUCCGACGACACUAACGGCUAUUAAUUUCUCGUAAUUUCGUUCGGAUUUUCUUUCAUGAAAAGCAGAUACUGAGUAUAUAUAUAUAUAUGUAUAUAUGUAUGAAUUUUUUUUUUUUAUCGAAGAAGAGAAUGUACGAGGGUUGUUUGAUAACCAAGUUGUUUGGUCUCCAACGACGCCAUUUUGACAGCAAUGGGGGGGGAUACAAAUUCCAACCUCGAAUGUUUAAUCUAAAUUGUAAAACUUUCGAUUUCUCGUGUAACUUCGUUAAACAAUUGUUAUUUGUCACGAACUCAAUUAGUUUCUAGCUAGUUAUCGAUCAACCAUCGUAUAUUUGGUAUUCGUUUGUGAAAAGUAGAUAUCGAGUAUAUGGAUACUAAUGAAUUUUUUAUCGAAGAAGAAAAUGCACGAGGGUUUAUUCAUAACCAAGGUCUCCAACAAUACAAUUUUGCGAGUUCAAUUUUUUUUUAACUUCAUUGCGUAACAGUAUCAUUUAUGACCAAUACAACUCCAAUUUUUUUUCCCCCAAAAUUGAGGGAACGUCCAAGUUCGAGUUAAAAAUAGACCAGGAGAAAAUGUGAAAAAUAAAUGUAUACGUUUAAAGUGGAACAAAGUUUCGAGACGAGUUUCGUUAAUUCCUCUAAUCUCGAACACAAUUUGUAGGAUUGGAGACCUUAGUUAUCGAUCGAGUCUCGUAUAGUUAUUAUGUCGUAGGCGAGACAAAAGUUAAUCGAUUAGAUUGAUCGUAUAAACUUCUCUAAGUUCUGAAUAGUAUUCGUUUAACACGAUUCGCGUGGAAUAAAUUUGAAACGAAACGCUCGAUUGCAACAGGUGCAUUUCCGGUUCGCGCACGUUGUGGCAGUGGUCGCUCAGAGCUUGAUUGCUAAGGCAGUUGAGCGUUGUUUGAACAAAAGGAGCAAUUAAUCCUCUGCCGAAGAACCUUCUUCGACAAAGCUUCGAGUCUCGUUUUUCGAUUCGUUCGCGUUCGCUCGCCAGUAUACGAGAAUACAUACACAUAAAUAAAUUUUACAUUCAAUUUCAUUUUGUGAAUCCCUUUGGGAUUCGAUACCACGUCGAUUAUUGUUUAAAUAUUGUACAUUAUAUUAAAAACUAUGUAAUUACUAAUUAAGUUUUAGUCUAGAAUCUUUGCUCGCUCCUAGACAACAUUCCGACUACGCCCUUGAAUACAAACGAAAUUAAUAGGAAAUUCGAUAUCGAUAUUCUGUUUGUCUUGUAACGCUUCAAAACGAAUUUUGACUUGCAAGAUCCACUAGAUGGUACUAGCAGAGUUCCCAGAAUUGCCCUAAAUACUAUUGGUUCUCGAGAAACACGAAUUUUUCUAAAAAAAAAAAAAAAAAAAACACGAUUUCUGGCAGAAAUAAGAUCAAUAAAAACGCUAGGAAGUUCCAUGCGGUUAUUAACUUUUGCUCGUAACUGUAUAUCGUUCCCAGCAAAGUGUUAUAUCGUAGCACUUAACGAUAAUGCAAUAAACAGUUGGGAUUUUCAUUUUGUAUCGACAGAACAUUUGUAACAAACGAGUCGAUGUUCAUUUUACUCGCCAAUGGAACUUAAAGCGUUUCGAGUAAAACGUACUCGGUAAUUUCAUUUACUUAAUUCUAUUAAGUAUCCUUUUGAUAUUCGCACAAUUAAAGUAACUUUCAAUUAAAUACAUACUUCUGUUCCCUUUAUAAAACUACGUAUACUUAACUAUGUAGAUCACAUUUGACGAAAUAUUAACAAUCUUAUCAUCGAGGACUGGCGUCCCCUUGACAGAAUGUCGAUUUUUAUAUUAAAUGUCGGAUAAAUCAAAGAAAUCAUAACCAGACUGAAUUUUUGUUCGAUACUAGAAUUAUCAAGCCCGUCUAAAUAACGGACACUUCAUUAAGUGCUGAAAUCAACAAUGUUCGAACAAAUUAAAAUACCAAAAACAAUAAAUUAAAGGUCCGGUUACGCACCUGAUCAGUGUAAAUUUUUUAUCGAUCUCGAAGACACGAAACUCUACAAUUAAAGAUUUACGAAAAAGGCAAGGCACUUGGGGACUUGCAUUCGAUAAAAUAUGUCUAGAUCAAGGCUUGGAAAGGUUUCGAAAAUAAUUGUUUAAAAUAAUUAUACGAUAAAAGUUCUCGAAAUUGUUACGAAGAACUUCUAUUCCGAAGAACUGUUACAAAGAACCUAAAUAAUAUUUGUCGUUUUUGGCAGUCAGAUUAAAUUUCAUUAGUUUUUAUGUA